AUGAAGUCCACAAGGUGUCUUCUCCGGCUGCUGGGCCGCUCCGCCCAUCCUAGCUUGCUACAGAAUCUGCAGCACAACCAGAUACAGACGGCGAGACAUAUCCGAGAUAAGAAAGGAGGACACGUACCCGUGGAGUUUCUCAGCGACAGGAGUUCAGUGGUCCAGCGUGACACCUUUGCCACGGAGCACAAAACCAAGGCUUCUUUCGUGGAGGCGCUGGAGGUCUUCAUCAAAGGCGACGUAAGGCGACGGGGCCACGUGGAGUUCAUCUACGCCGCGCUCAGUAAGAUGCCCGAGUUCGGCGUGGAGCGGGACUUGGUUGUCUACAACCGCCUGCUGGACGUGUUUCCCAAGGAGGUCUUCGUACCUAGGAACUUCAUCCAGAGGAUGUUCAACCACUACCCACGGCAGCAGGAGUGCGCAGUGCAACUACUGGAACAAAUGGAGAACUACGGUGUCACGCCCAACGUGGAAACCAAAGUCCUGCUUGUGCGGAUUUUUGGUGAGAAGGGCCACCCUGUGAGGAAGUACCAGCGCAUCAUGUACUGGUUUCCAAAAUUCAAACACGCCAACCCUUUCCCCGUUCCGCAUCAGCUACCCCAAGACCCGGUGGAGCUGGCCGACUUUAGUCUUAAGCGGAUAGCUGCCGACCUGGACGCUAGAGUCACCGUUUUCCAGAUGCCGGGAACAGACGUGACAGAGACCGGGGAGCAGAUAACCCUCCCCCACGUGGUAGGAAUUCAGAGCCCUGCACAAAUGGCGCUCCUCAGAAAGCACAACCCGAGCAGGCCCGUUUUUGUGGAGGGACCCUUUCCACUGUGGCUGAGGAAGACGUGUGUACAUUACUACAUCCUUCGGGCUGAACCUGAGCCACCUGAUGAGAAGGUGGAGGAGCCCUAUGAUCCAGAGCGAAGUUUCUACUACCCUCUGCAGCUGGACCUCGACUUAGAUCGGGAUUUUGGGGACCUUGAGACCUUCGAUGUGGAAGACUUGGAUGAAGGUCCGGUUUUUGCCAUGUGCAUGACCAACCAAGGAGACCAGGCCACCCUCAACCGAUGGAUCUCUGGUCUGCAGGAGAGCAACCCCAUCCUGGGGCACAUCCCUACCCUGUUCCGGCUGCAAGCCGGCCCCAGAGAGCUCCAGGCGGAGACCCCGAAAGAGGAGAGGCCCCCUGAAGAAGAAGAAGAGGAGGCGGCAAGGGGAAGGAACUGA